AUGAACCGUCCCUCACCGAGACUGCCUCCAGAGAUGUGUGACAUCAUCCUCGACCAUCUCUGGGACGAUGUUCCAACGCUCGCGGCCUGCAGUCUCGCGUAUCGUCAGUGGCUUCCCACCACUCGUCUUCAUCUGUUCAACACAGUCUCUCUCGACAAUGCCGCAGAUGAUCUGCGCUUCGCUCAAAUUCUCGAAGGAUCGCCUGGCAUUGCACCGUGCGUCCGUCAUCUUACAUUGGUCUCCAUCAGCCUACCGUGGCGCAAAUUCACAAGAAUCGAGCAUCUGGUUCUCCAGAGCUGGCAUACCGUCCUGAUGUCGGAGGAGAGCAAGGAAGCACUCCUUUCAUAUUUCCCCACGGUGCGGACGCUCAGCGUCGAGCAUUGCUGUUUCGAUGUCUCUCUUUUUGCAGCGCUGCUCUGCGCGUUCCCUAAACUGUCUGUCAUCCAUAUCGACCGCUCCACGUUACUCGGCGACUCGGACCCAACUGGCUCUUAUGACACGAUUCCAGACAGGCUCCCCUUCCCUACUCUUGAACCGCCAGGUACGAGACGCAGAAUAGAAGGUCUGUAUACGUAUGCUCUCCCGGACUACGGCUUCUGGUUGAUGCAAGGUCCAUUUGACUUGGCUCUUCGGGCAUUCGGGGUAACGUGUGAUCCCGAACACGUGUCCAUGGUGCAAGAGGUCAUCCGAGUUACCACGUCAACUCUGGAACAUCUGUCACUGACCAUGGUCAAGCCGUACUCUAUCCCGAGACUGCUCCAGAAUCACUGUCCUGAUAUCACACACAGUACGCAGCUGGUUUCACUACACAUCGGUAGGAUCUCCCUGUUUCACGAAUAUCUUGACUUUCGGUGGACACACGAGAUCCUGGCCCGACUCCCCCUUUCUCUGAACCGUCUCACACAAGUCAAGAUCACAUACGAAUUGUCCAGGAUGGUGCAACUCUCGCGUGUGGAUUGGGAGGACUUGGACAAAGUCCUGGUUGGUCUGGCGUGCGCGAGACCUGCUUUCGUGCUCAUCUUGGACAUCAUUCACAUUCACAUCAUCGCCCGCCGAGGCUACGAACAUGCAUCCAUGGUCCGCGAGAGCAUGGGCACCGUCGUCUCGCGUUUGACAGGAUAUCUCGCUCUGCAGACGGUCAGGCUCCAGAUCGUGUAUUCGCGCGUACAUCUUACACGCAAUAGCUCAACCAUUUCUGAUACGUCGGAACAUUGGUUUCCGUAG